UAGAAAGAUUGCCAAAUAUGUUAGAAUCCUGAGUAGAGCACAGCUAACCAAAUGUGCGCUGUGGGCGCCGAGUUUAGUUCCGAGGGCACUAGCACUAGCCAAGACGAAGCAUGCAAGAGUGACGGGUCUUCAUUUUUGAAGAUGAUCUCGUGAAAUCCAUGGCUGAUUAGUCAUUUACAUUUGGUUUUAAAAGCGGCGCCUGAGGGCAUUUCGUUUCACUUUGCUUGUCGGCGGAGCGGCGCGUAGGCGCUGCGAAUAACUACACUAUUCGGUAGGUCGGGAGGUGCAAUGGAGGAGAUUGAGGAGCUUAGGGCUAAGGCAAUCGCCUCCAUGCCGUUUUCUACUAACCCUAAUUCGUCAUCGACAGCGGCAGCCAUUUCUGGAGGAGGAGGCUGUGGCGGAGGCGAAUUGAAAUCCCUUAAAUCCAGAGAGGAGGGUGAGGUCUCUUCGGGCGAAGAUGCGGAAUUGCCUACUUGUCAUGUUGCUCCAACAAAUAGUUCAAAUUUUACCGAGUCCGUGCCCUGCACUUCGAAGAAUAAUGCAAUAAAUACAGUAAAGAAUGCUCUUACAGCUCGGUCAAGUACCUUAGAUAUGCGGCUUCAGCCAUCAGCUAUGCAAAAUUAUCAGAAGAACUAUCAUAAACAUUUUAAGAGAAAGUUGCCAGUCAGAUCUCUGAGCAGUCAGGCUUUUCAAUGGCAUGCAAAAGAGUCAAAUAAUAAUCUUGUUAUAAGUUUUUCAGAUGAUGACAGUGGAAGUGAGUCCGAAGAACAACGAUAUCCAGAAAAGGAUGUUAAAAGGAUGGAUGGUACAUUGAUUGCACGUGAUUCAAGGAUUGCAGUAACUUCUUUGCCGAAGCCAAUAGAUGGUAUAGAACGAGAGUCAGAUGGGAGUAAGCCAUUGCCAAAGAAAGGAUUUGCCAAUCUUGAAACUAUUUCUUCUGCUGACAGUGACUAUGAAACUAGCUGUGGGGCUCAGGGACCUUCAGCCGAGAAUGGCUCUCUCCUUAAUAGGCAAAAUCCUGCAAUCGUGACAUCAGCAUGUCAGGAGCUUGGGCAUGUACAAGAUUCAAUUUUGACUGAUCAAAGAUUGGAGCUUUUGAGUCUCGAAGUUGCUGCACGAGAAAAUAAACUAAAGGUGCAGAACAGAUCAGUGCUGCAAAAGGGGGCGGCUGUUGGUUCUGAUGCUAAUCAGCAUGGUCUUCAUGUCAUGAAUCCGGAAGCUCAGGAAACUGGCAUUAGGAGACAUGGUUAUGAUGCCUAUUUGGAAUUUGAAGUCGAUGAAUCUUCCAAGAAACGAUUGAAGCAUGAUAAAUCUUCUAGUGCAUGCGAUUUUGACGUUGCUUCUAUGCCUGAAAAUUACAGGGCAUUUCAAGUGGAGGACUCUUGCACCCACCAUCAGCCUAAUAGCAACGAUACUAUAAAAUCUUCUGUUAUAAAAUCCAAAGACUCAUUUUUGACACUGUCAGCAGCCAAUCUUCAUGAUAGGGCUCUUUCUGAAAAUGAUGAUGUUGCAAAAAAUGGGAGAUCUGAGGAGUUCUCAAAGAAAGCUGGAGUGAGUAAUCUGCCUUCAAAUUAUGUGAGUUCCAUGCAUAAUAUCAAGGGAAACCAGCAAAUGAUCCCUACAACGGAUGUCUUAAUGCCUUUGAAAACAUUAUCUUUUCAAAAGACUUCUGGACUUGGUGGUUCAGUAAACAAUGAGGCAAACACCACAGAAGAAGGAAAUAUGUCCUUCCAUUCUUUGUUGAGGUUGGAGGAGCAACUUGAUAAAGAGUUGGAAGAGGCCCAGGAGUAUAGAUUCGAGUGUGAGCAUGGGGAAAGCUACGCACUAAAAGCUUACCGAAAAGCCCAGAGAUCUUUGGUUGAAGCCAACGAGAGAUGCACCUUUUUGUACAGAAAGCGUGAAUUAUUUUCUGCCAAAUGUAGAGCUUUUGUCAUAGAGGCAUCCAAAUCCAUUUACCCAUCUGAUUGGCUUUGUCAACAGAUUCCUAAUGAAGAUCAAUCCCACGAACCUGAUGCUAGUACAUCAGUCCAUAAAGAGAACGCUUCAUUAGAUGGAGCAGUUCUUCCUACUCACAAGCCAACCAUGUCUACGGAUGUUGAUGGAGAGGAUUUCCCUUCUAGUAAUAGAGUUGUUGAAUCAAGAUCUGCUCUUGUUGAUGUUCAAAUUGAAAAGGCACUAUCCAUUGAUAGUUCCCAGGAUUAUGAACGUCUUGAAGCUUCCUUGAGGUCUGAACUAGUUGCUCGGCUUGGUCUUAGGGCAUCCUCUAAGAUGAAUGAUACAAGUAAAAGAGGGCUUGAUAUUGAAAAGAGAGCUGGUAGUGUAGCUGAGGAUUUGGAAUCGUCACAGGAUAUGGAACGAUCUCCUUUGCCACAUGACAUGAUGCCAAUUCCAGAGGAAAAAGAAACUGCUAAAUUAGAUGGUAUUGAAAGUACUCAAGAAAGAAGCCCUCUGCUUGGCGCACCACUUGAUUAUAAGUCACUUGCCAAUGCUGCUUCAAAUGAGGAGCUUCAUAGUAUUGCUGAUCUGGGUACUAGCAAUUCUUUCCCUAAUAACUCUGGCAGCCCAAUCAAAACAGCUGUUUUUUCGCUACCUACUUCAGAUUUGCAUUCAGUGUGUAGACAUGUAUAUAAAAUUUUUCCUCGAUGCCACAUUGACACCUUUAAUAUGAAAGAGAAUGACAACAUUGUGACAUCAAAAGAGAUAGGAGUUACAGACUUUAUACCUGAUAAUGUUGGAGAGUUUCUCAAUUUCAUGAGACCAGCUCCAAUGGGAUACUGGGGUAUCUUUGAAAGUUCGAUCAACAUUGACCCCUUUUGGCCAUUAUGUAUGUUUGAGUUCCGUGGAAAAUGCAAUGAUGAAGAAUGUCCAUGGCAACAUAUGAAGGCUGGCAUGUUUCCAAACUUUCGAGAUGAUGAGCAUUCAAAUUGUCAUGCAACUUGUUUACGAAAUGGAAAUUUAAAUGCAACUAGAUUUCCUUGUAGCGCCCUUCUUCACGUUUUGCCCAUUCCAACUUAUCAAAUUGGUCCAUAUCUUAUUAAAGCCGAUUCUCAUCAAUCCCAGUCUUUGUUGGCUCGGGGCAAUUGGCAGUACCAGCAAAGGGGGUUUUGUGCUUCCUUUUCUAUUCCCUUUUCUGUUCAAAGAAUUCUUCCUCUUGAUGCUCCAUGCUUACAACCUGGUGAUGAUCCCGUUGCAGAUAAUUAUAAUUGGAAUAGGCUUUCUCUUUAUUACCGGAGUCAGGAUGACGAUGUUUCAUUCAAGGUAAGAUGGUUUUUUGCAUUGCAUUUUGUGUUAGUGCAGGCCCGUUUAUUUUUCCAAACAGCCUUUUGUUCUAACCAUGUGCAUGGUUUUUGGUUCAAAAGUAUAUACAUUACAAGGAUAAUAUGA